UGGCGCUAUGGUGAAGGUAGCGGCUCCAAUAUUAUCAACCAACGAAUACAAAACUGCAGCAAAUUCAAACCCCAGAAUAAGCGCCGGGAGAGAGACAGCUCUGAAGACUGAGGCCAUCAAGACAUUGUCAGUAUGGAUGAUAUGGAGGAUGACACCACGAUCAUAUCAACGCUAAGAUCAUUCAAUAGUUUAAUAUCUUGUCCAGAGCGUUCUGUGCUGGAGGCCAAGUCAGCUUAUGGCAGAAGUGACCUUCAGAAACUUUAUACCAAAAGAGUGGAGAUGGAGGAGGCAGCCGAGCGCAUCCGCUCUCACACCAGCCUGCUGCAGCUCACUCAAGAGAAACAGCAGAUGGAGCUGAGUCACAAGCGUGCCCGUAUUGAGCUGGAGAAAGAGGCAAACAGCAGCUCCAGAGACUUACAGAGGGAAGUUGACCGUAACCGGGAGUUUCUGAUGAAGAUCAAACGUCUGGAUGAAAGAGAAGAGAAAGCAAAUCAAGCUCUAAACAAACAAAUGGAAAACAACAAGAUUCUGAAACGUAACCUUGAAGAGCUCCAGAAAAAAGCAAAUGAGAAAGACUGCAAACUUGCAGAGGCAGAACAGACGAUUGGUGAGUUAAAAGAUGAGAUGCGAAGGCUCAAUCAACAGAUCCAGAUUCAGGAGUCCAAAUUCUCCACUCAGAAUCUGGAGAUCCAGGCCCUUCAAGAGCUACUGGAUGUGCAGCGCAAGAAAUUCCAGGACGUGAUUCAGAAGUACCAGAACAUACAGUCGUCUCAGUCCACCAGCACAGAGAGUGAACUCAAAAUUAAGGAGUUGGAGAGGCGUUUGGCCCUCCAGGAGCAAGACUCUGUGAUCGUGAAGAACAUGAAGUCCGAAGUGGCCAGACUGCCUGAGAUGGAGCGAGAGAUUAAACGCCUGCGGGAGGAAAACGCUUUCUUAAGAGAGACAAAAGAGAACAGCAGCCUGCUGAAAGAAGAAACUGAAGGGCUGAGGAGGAAGUUGGAGAGAAUAGAGAGAGUGAUGGAGGAGAAACUGAAACUAGAGUUCGAGAAAGAGAAGUUGGAACGUGAACUCCAGGCUUGGGAAAACAUCGGGCAGGUCACUGGACUUAAUAUUCGGAAACCUGAGGAUUUAUCCAGGGAAGUGAUACAGAUUCAGCAGCGAGAACUAACCCUGAAACAGCAGAACUACACACUCAACAGCAGCAUUCGCUCAGUCGAGAAGGCCCGUGCCGAACUGCUACCCGAGAUUUCUCAACUGCGUGCCAAAGCUCAAGAGGAGCAGAAGAAACGAGAGAACCAGGACUCGCUGGUCCGUCGGCUGCAGAAAAGAGUCUUACUGCUCACCAAGGAACGAGAUGGGAUGAGGGCCAUAUUGGAGUCGUACGACAGCGAGCUGGUCGCAAGUGAAUACUCACCUCAGCUAUCGCUCCGGGUCAAGGAGGCGGAGGACAUGCUGCAGAAAGUCCAGGCCCACAAUGCUGAGAUGGAGAUUCAGCUGUCCAAAGCCCAAGAGGAGGCAGGCACCUUCAAACUACAAACUCAGAUGGUGGCUGCAGAACUUGAGGAUCUUAGAGAGCAGCAGAAGUCAAAUACUGAAACAAGCACCUUAGCAACGGCGGAAGAGAACGCCACUCUCAGGCAGAAGAUUGAGGAAUUGGAGGCAGAACGUCUGCGACUUGAAGAGCAAAACAACAUCCUGGAGAUGAGACUGGAAAGGCACAACCUGCAGGGCGACUAUGAUCCAGUGAAGACCAAGGUGAUCCACCUGCAGAUGAAUCCCACCAGCAUCGCCAAGCAGCAGCGAGCUGAAGAGGUGGAGCAGCUCUGGGCCGAAUGUCAACGUUUGAGGGGCCGUCUCAGAAAAAUGGAGGCAGGCGGGGCCAUGCCAACAGAUGAUACCACACUCAUCAUCCCACCUUCACAGGAAAUACUGGACCUGCGUAAACAGUUGGAAAGUGCAGAAUUAAAGAACCAGCGCCUGAAGGAAGUGUUCCAGAAGAAGAUUCAAGAGUUUCGCACGGCUUGCUACGUACUGACCGGGUACCAGAUCGAUAUCACUGUGGAAAACCAGUAUCGGCUCACAUCCGUGUAUGCUGAACACAUGGAAGAUUCGCUUCUGUUUAAGUCUACUGGUCCAGUGGGGAGUGGCAGCAUGCAGCUGUUGGAGACGGAUUUUUCCUGCACUCUAACCGGACUGGUGGAUCUGCAUCUCUUCCAUCAGAAGAGCAUCCCAGUGUUUCUCAGCGCAGUCACCAUCGAGCUGUUCAGCCGCCAGACUGUCAGCUGAUUUACCCAUCAUUCCUAGACCACACAGCGUUCAGGGAGCCGUGCACACACACACACACACACAGAGCCUCUAAGUUAGACUCACAGACACAGAACUCUUUUAAUAGCUUUUCAGGGACAUUUAAACAGAGUUAAAAAGUAUAUAGGUGAGCUGACAAGGGGAUGGUUAGGAUGCGUGAUUUUAUUGUGUGUAAUCUAAAAAGUUAAAGGUUGCCUCAAAGAAUGACAUCAUAUGUAAGACCUUAUAAUAGACUACACAGUGUAGGUAAGUACCGUAUGAUGUUUGGGGUGUUUCGCUUACCAGAGGCUUAACAAUCACCUUUUUUAUCAACGAAACAAUAAAGAAAUAUUAAACUUUCAGUCUAAUACAAAUUGUUUUAUUCAUUUGGGAUAUGAAAGAUUUGAAAAAACCCUGAAGUGAUCGAAGAUUCAUUCCUCCCGUUACUAUACAACAGCAGUUUGUAUUGUGAAUUACUAGAAUAAACACACAAGAAAACUAGUACUGAUUAUUAUGAAUUCCCCAUCGAUAAGCUAAUAGCUCCUCUGAAACCACUGUAUUUGCCUUGUAGCUCAGCCUCCUCAAGUAUUAUGUCUUUUUAAACAUUUGUUUUGAACAUUCUGGCACCGUCUCCUGGUGGAUGUGGGAGUAUUUCAAUUCCUCCGUCGUUUUCACGGGCAGCAAUUAGAGCUCAUUUUUGACUAUUCAUUCUGGUGUCUUUGUUCAAAUGCCACAUAAAGUGCUACAGUUUCCUGUCCCACACACAAUAAGUUUUAAUCUAAGAUGAGUCAGACCGCUUUCAAACGAAUUUCGACUCGACUCUGUCGUACUGUUAUGGCAGUGCAAACUGCCUCUGUGCCAAAGCAAUUAGCAGAGAAUGUUACCCUCAUCCUCCAUCCUCGAUUCAGGUUGUGCGUCGAGGGCUUGGCCCGUAUCCUCCUCUCUUCCAGUGCCAGAGAAUAUAUUGCAGAUGCAAUGGCCCUGCUGUUAGAUGUUCCCAAUAUAUGCAAACUCAGUCUUUGGCAACUGUGCACAAACCAUGUCAAACCGAGUCCGUUUUUCUUCCUGUGUCCAGACCUGCUGCUUUCUUACACUUUCUGCCGUACUUUAUUUAAUAUCAUUUGUUUAACAAAUGCAUUGGUUCAAGCGACUUUGGCCUUCAAAUGAGAUCCCCUGUUCUUUCUGUGACACCCAUUUGCCUUUUCAUCACCCGUUUUUAAUAUUUUAUUCUUUCCGUCAUUUAUCUUCCCAGUAAAAUAUGGUAGCCGCUCAUUGGUUAUUUAUGAGCGUUUUUGUUUUUGGUGAAUGGUCGUUAUAUAAUUCAUAGCUUUGGGUGGAGGAUGCUGGUGGGGUUUAUACAGUAUGCUAAUGAGGUGCGGUAAAUGGAUGAUAACUGAAUAUUUGAGAAGUUUUAGGGCAAACAGCCGCACUGCGAAAAAGUGUGGAUUUCAGACUCGGAGGUGAGAUGAGGUACUAUUCUUUUAUUUAAUUUGAUUAUUUUAUUCGAAUCAAAUAAAUGAAUGUCUGCUCUCUAAAAUGGUUGUUUUAACCAAUGAUUGGGUUUAAAUGAACCUCUGCUGGGUUGUCGGGUCAAAUAUUGGACCUUUUUAAGGGUCAUUUAAACCAACGGUUGAGUUUGUCCGUAUUUGACCUAACCAUGAGUUGAAAUAACCCACUAUUUUGUCAUAGAGAACUAAAAGACUACAAAAUAAAUGCUACAUUGACUAAAAUUAUUUUGGGGUCAGAUAUAAGUAAUUGCAAAGCGUCUCAAAUCUAAUGGCUUUGAUAUUUUUAAUGCAAGACUAUUCAUACAAUAACUGAUUCUUAUGGUUUUAAAUGAAACUGCUGUAAAGUGUUAUCUUCUGUAAAGGUGGCAAGCGUUUUAUAUUUAAAAAAAGAAUAAUACUGUAAAUGCUCCAGACGUAAACAAUAACAUACUGUGUAAUGCAUAAAGUAUUUAAAGACCCCAUUUAUUUCAUACCUUCAUGAUGUUUAGAACCCGUAUAUAAGCCUUUUUUCUGUGGAACACAAAAGAAGAUCUUUUGAGAAAUGUCUCUGUGGUUAUGUGUCCAUACAAUGGAAGUCAAUGGGAGCCAGUGUGGUUUGGUUACCAACAAAAUAUCUUCUUUUGUGUUUUGGGAGGAAAAGCAAGUCAUGCAAAUUUGGAAUGACAUGAGGGUGAGUAAAAAAUGAAAAAAAAUUUGGUUGAACUAUCCCUUUAAGCCAUGUACCGUAUGUACAUGAUGAUUGGUCGUGCCUUCAAACCUUCUGUCAAAGCAUCCACAUGUUUUUUCGUGGAGGUCUGGUGGUCCCGCUGGAGAUGAGACGGGAGAUAUCGCUCCAUUGUGUGCCUUAUCUGUCCGUACUCCGCUGUGGCAUUUGCAACUGCAGAGAAUGUCAUGCCGUGUCUUUGCUUCCCCCAUUGCCACCGAGAUACAGACAGGUCUUCCCAGUAGACACAACCCCUGUCACUCAAACUCAAAGUGUGAUAAGAGUAUGAUUUGAGCAGGCUUGAUGCGUUCGCUGUAUUUUUAACUAGGGCACGUAAAGGAGUGAGAAUAGGCCUACAGUAUAAUAAAGAUUAGCUCUAUAACUGGAAAGUCUGUCUCUCCCUAUUUUCCUUCACAUUCCUUUGGAUAAUAGCGGGUAAGGGAUUUCGCUGCGUUUGAUUCCUCUUCGGCUUACCGAAAAUGUUCUACAACUAGAUAACAGUACUUGUGAUUAUAUUAGCACCCUUGAAUUCUGCACCCUCAGUCUUUCUCUAUUUCUCCCAACAUGCACGCGCAGUAACAUUAGAUAUCACUGAGUCACAAUCACUUUAGCUUUCAUAAGUCGGGUCUAGCCAAUCGCUACGGUUUACAUUGUUUUGGGGGGGUUCGAAGCUGUGUUAGAGGCACGAUAAGUAUAUUACAGAGCCCCAGGAGGAGCUUUCUUCAUUUUGUUGUCUUGCUGUCAUUACUUGUGAUCUGUUUACGAAUUCCGAACAUUCUCUGCUGUAGGGCUUUAAUCUGCCCGAUCGGUAAAACUGCAGCCAAUUGAAUAAAAAUAGACGUUUUUCUCAGAAUGUAUGCUUUAUUCAGUGUUAUUGUACUGUUUGUCACACUGUAAAAAAUGACACGGAUAUUUACUUUAAAAAAUGAUGGUAACAAUAUUACACAAAAUAUUUUCAAGUAUUUAAAGCUUAUUUUUAACACAAUAUUCCACGAAUAAAUCAAGUAAAAUUACCUAAAUUAUUUAAGCACGUGACAUGAGAAACUUAAAAAACUCAAGAAGAAACACUAAUUUGGCAUUGGAGUUAACUUCUCGAUCUUUUUUGUUUCGAUUUAACAUUUGUUAUGGUUUACGACAUAUGAUGUACAAGUAAGCUGACAGCUGUCUCAGUACUGGCAUUAGCACCAUUACUGUUCACUGAGUGAACCCAUAUCUCCCAUAACCUAACCACAAGCGCAACUCUUCUGAACCAUGCUAACCACGAAACUCAAAAAUACAAACAGAAUCUCUUCUAAAUCUUAAAGACAACUGAACAAUAAAGACUAUAAAGUCUUUCAUUUUAUUGUAAAGCACAUAAAAUAGCACUUUUUCACAAAAAUGACUCUCCUAAUGCUGUCGCAUGCAAAGCAUGCUGGGAACUCUAAAUUCACUGCUCAGUUAGUGAAAUUAAGUAAAGGAAUAAACGUAGUCCCACCACAAAAUAAUGCAUUUAAGAUCCUUUAUACACGUUAAAGUGGGUUGAACAUGAUCAAAUUAAGUUGAAUUCACUCAAUAAUUUGUGCAUUUAGAAUUCCGAGAUUGUUUCUAUCAUUUUAACUGAAACUUUGGUUAUAAAACAAGAACACAGUUGUAUCAAGUAAAUUUUACUAAAUUCAUUUCAUGAAAGUUACUACAAGACAGAAUCGUUUUUUACAGUGCAGUGGUUCUCAAACUGGGGUCCCAAGAUGGAUCCAGGGUCCAUCUUGGAUUUUAAUCAAAUUUGUAUUGUUUUUUAUUCAUCUUGAAACGUACAUUAUUUUUUUACAUAAAUAAAAUACAAAGAAAAGCGUUUUUAAAAAUAAUAUAAAAAAUAAUAAUGAAAGUAAGGUAGACUGGCCAGUUACAAAAAAAGUGAAUGACAAAUUACUCAAAAACAAAUGAAAUAAUAUACAUCCCCACAAAUCUCAACAUAAAACAACUGAAAACAUUCCUGCCUAACCCCUAAAUGUUCUUUGUGUAUUUAAAAAAAUAAUUAAUCUCUUCAUGUUUUAUUGCCUCCGCUUUAAUGCUACUAGUAAACAUGGCUCGGUAAACUACAAUUAUUGUUCAGCUCUUUGACAUGUCAAAUGCUCUUUUUGGAUAAAGCGUCUACUAUGAAUAAAACACAAAACUACAUGCUGUACAGUAUACUGAUGAUUACAAACUACAAUUUUAAGGUGAAUGAGCUUUAAUCUAAGCAAAGGGUGACUAUAAUUUUAUUCAUCUCAAAUAUAAGAGUCUUUGAUUUCACUUUUUAAAAUGGUGUCAAAUAGCUACGCAUAAAUAGCCCAAACUUUUGACUGGUCGUGAACAGCAUUAACAAAUGUGACUUCAAAAGCUUAUUUCAAAGAGUGAAUGAACACUGUGAAAACGAUCCAUUACACCCUAAAUCUCUCCAUUAUUCCGCCUCAUUCUUGAACUCUUUUGUUCUGUUCAUUUUUCUCUUCCCUCAGGUCUACU